AUGUUGAAUUUCGCAUCAACAUUCGUCAAUUCGCUCAGAAACAACGAUGUUUUAUCUCCAACACCAAGAAAACGAAACCUGCAACACACCGGCUGCAAAGGCUCAGCACAUGGGCAUGGAAAUUAUAAUCCUGCUGAGUCACCUUCUGAGCCUUGCGCGUUUCAGCGAGUACCAUCAAUUAAAAGAAACUUUAAUUCAAAUGGAAUUUCAUCAGAAAGAGUUUCUGAAUCUGAUUCAAUCGAUUCGAAUCAGAAACCAACUUCAAAAACUAGUCCGUUUCAAAGAACCUCUUCACUAAGAAGUUCCAGAGGUAAAUUAAUUAUAAAGAAGCCUCCAGCGAUUCCUGCAUCACCAAAGCCCAAAACAGCAAGCAUUAGCUCUGAGAAUUACAGUGAGUCAGAUUCAAUAGAUUCUGCUGAUAACAAAACCAAAUGCUCAGAAGAAACAAUAAAAAAGCAAAACAGUGUCAGCUCAAGAUUGUUUAAUAGUGGCACUAAAGCAUCAGAAGCUAAAACCGCUAAAAUGAGACACCUAGAUAUCUUCGAUGUGGAUGAGGCUAGCUGGAUGGGUGGACUGAGAAAAGUUUCUGAAGAAUCCAAUGUGCAAGUGCAGAAAAGGAAGCAAUUUUUGAACGAUGAAGUGGAUAAUUUUUCUCGUUCUCGGUCAGGAUCUUCACGUAAAAAUAGCUUUAGUAGUCCAAAGGUGCCACCAAGGAAUAAUUUGAGAAGAAGCUUCAGAAGGAUUAAAGUGAAGUGCGUGGAAUAUAGUCAAUUGGCUGAAAUGAGUAUGGACAGGAAAUUUGCAGGAUUUUUUAAUAGUAGUGAUAAAAGUGCCUUGAAGGAUUUGGAGGGGUUUUUGAAGAAGGUUGAGGCAGAUGAGGCAAAAUCCGAAGAACAUUUAGAAAAAGAAAAACAAUGGUUGGACGCGGAGAGGAUGUGGCUAAUGCACCGUGGUGGUUUCGCUGCUGCCAGAAAGGAAGAAGGAUCGAAUUCGGAGCCAGGAAAGAUCAGAAUUCGAUUAGAACAGUCUGGAGAUGUUUUGGUGGUGGAUGAAGACGAUAUUGAAAGGGCAAAUCCUCCUCAGUUCGAUCGUGCAGAAGACCUAGCAGCAUUGAGGCACCUAAAUGAAUCCAGCGUCUUGCAUACCCUAAGACAACGAUACGCUACAAACCUGAUCCAUACUUACGCUGGAUCUGGUACCUUAUUGGUAGCCAAUCCCAUGGCACCUUUAGCAAUAUACUCUGAAAAGGUUGUCACCCUAUUCAAAGGCUGUAAAUCUGAAGACAUGCCUCCACACAUCUACUCGAUGGCCCAAUCAGCUUACCAAAAUAUGCUUUCUAGUCGUAGAGAUCAAUCCCUGGUCUUCCUAGGCCGUUCCGGGUCCGGAAAAACUUCAAAUUUCCGCCAUUGUGUUCAAUAUUUAGUUACUGCUGCGGGCACCGUUAACAAUAUCCUUAACCUGGAAAAACUCACUUCGAUGUGGACUGUUUUGGAAAGUUUUGGCAAUUCCAAAACGGUUAUGAAUGCUAAUGCUACGAGGUUUACUCAGAUUUUUAGUAUUGAUUUUGAUCAGAGUGGCUCGAUAGCUAGUGCCAGUAUCCAGACACUCCUAUUAGAAAAAACCAGAAUAGCUAAGAAACUUGAAGGAGAAACCACAUUCCAUAUAAUGCAUAGGCUACUUUGUGGUGUGGAAGGCACUUUACGAAAAGAGCUAUAUUUGGACAGUUUGUCUGGAAAUGAAAAUAAUUUAUUAAUGAACAUGUUGCAGAAACAUGAAGACAAACAAAGAGCCCAACAAGAGUUUAUGAAAACCUGUCUAGCAUUGACUGCUCUAGGAGUAACAGAACAAGAGCAAAAAGUAAUAUUUUCAGUAUUAGCAGCUAUUUUCCAUCUCGGAUGCGCAGGAGCUAUCAAAGCAGGCAAUAGCAACAGAUAUCAGUUCAGCAGUCCACAAAGUGCCCAAAGAGCAGCAUCACUUUUAGGUACAACUUCCGAGGAACUGUCCAGAGUCGUUUUCGGACUGGCUUCUGGUGGAAUGGUGACGCCAAAUCAACCUAGAGCUCCAUUCAGGACACCAUCACCAACUGAUAAGGGUUUGGAGCGGGAAGCUGUUGGCAUUGAAGCUGUAGAAGGAAUCGUUAUGGGGCUGUAUUCGGAAGUUUUCAAUUGUAUAGCCAAUUUGAUCAACAGGUCCAUUGCUGCUAAUACUCACACUACAACGUCUAUUUUGUUGGUUGAUGCACCGGGAUUUCAAAAUCCGGCCACUUGCGGACGGCAAGCUGGUGCUGCGUUUGAAGAUUUGUGCCAUAAUUAUCUUCAGGAGAGGUUGCAGUUGUUGUUCCAUCAUACUAAUUUAGUUGCGCCAAAAGACAGAUACCUCCAGGAAAACAUCGAUUUCACAUACGACGAGAACGAAAACGAAAAUCUGAUCAACCCCACGCCCAUGGUGAACCUUUUGGAUAAAACCGCCCAAAAUAUCGUCAUAAGAACGUCACAAACUGAUCUACAUGACGCUGACAGAAGAGGCCUCCUAUGGCUUUUGGAUGAAGAAUCAAUUUAUCCCGGCGGCAACGACGAUUCCUUUUUGGAAAGACUUUUCACACACUACGGCGAUAGGGAUCACCAACUGCUGUUGAGAAAAGCUCCAGGAAAUAAUCAAUUUAUUUUGCAACAUCUGCAAGGCACCAACCCGGUACUUUAUAGUUCGAAGGGUUGGCUGAAACAGAGCAGAGAGAAUCCGGUUUCUAGGGCUGCCGUGACUAUUCUUCAGGAAAGUAGCAAAGAAGACAUGAGCAAACUUUUUGUAGCAAUAAGAGGCCUUGGUGCGUCUAGUUUCAGCGGUUCAGUGGUAGGUUUGGAUGGUUCCCAAUCUUUAAGGCGAGCAUCCAGCAUCAGAAGAACCUUCACUGGUGGCACUGCAGCAAUUAAAAAGAAGAGCAUUUGUUUACAGACUAAAUUUACAAUUGACGGCUUAGUGGAAACUUUGAGAAGGACUAAACUAAGGUUUGUCCAAUGUAUUCUUCCUCAACACAAUGCGGGCAUGUGUGAGAGUAAUGGAUCUUUGAUUAAUAUCAAAUCUAACCCGUCGGGAAAUCAGGAAGAGGGGCUUUUGAAUAUACCACUUCUUAGAUCUCAGCUUCGUGGUGCUCAAAUCCUAGACGCAGUCAGGCUCUACAAGCAAGGCUAUCCCACCUUCUUACCUUUAGGCGAAUUUAGAAGGAAAUUUGGAAUAUUGGCUGGAGAAAACAAAGUUUCCAGUCCAGUCUUGGACGAAAGAAAAGCUGUGGAAGAUAUGUUAUUGGCCAUCGAUUUAGAAUUGUCCAGUUAUCGAGUUGGUCUAAGUCAGGUUUGUUUUUAUGAAGGCGAAGAUGAUUCCUGGCCUGUGAGAAUAUUACCAGUUACGCAAUUUGCUGAAAACGGUGCUGACGAUGGGUGA